GGAGCUCGGGGGCCAUUUUGUGAAGAGACGGCGAGCGAACGGUCGUGCGCUGCUUGCCCGCUGUAGCUUCGGCGUCUCGGCACGGAACCGCAGGAGGAGAGGCAGUCCCUUCUCUCUCUCCAUCUUCUCGUGAGAUUUUUUUGAUCUUCAGCUACACCGCAGCAACAUGGAUGCCCAGCCUGGAGCAGCAUCAGCCAGGAUGACCUGGAGCCAGGGGGGCCUUCGGAACAGAUGUACACCCUUCCUGGGUGAUGCUUUGUGAGAGACCUUGUAAUCAAAGGAGAUGGCUAGCAAUGUUACCAACAAAACAGACCCUCGAUCCAUGAAUUCCCGUGUAUUCAUUGGGAAUCUCAAUACACUUGUGGUCAAGAAGUCUGAUGUGGAGGCAAUCUUUUCAAAGUAUGGCAAAAUUGUGGGUUGCUCUGUGCAUAAGGGCUUUGCCUUCGUCCAGUAUGUUAACGAAAGAAAUGCUCGAGCUGCUGUAGCUGGAGAGGAUGGCAGAAUGAUUGCUGGCCAGGUUUUAGAUAUUAAUCUGGCUGCAGAGCCAAAAGUGAACCGAGGAAAAGCAGGUGUGAAACGAUCUGCAGCGGAGAUGUACGGGUCAGUACCAGAACACCCUUCUCCGUCCCCUCUACUCAGUUCCUCAUUUGAUUUGGACUAUGACUUUCAACGGGAUUAUUAUGACAGGAUGUACAGUUACCCAGCACGUGUUCCUCCUCCUCCUCCGAUUGCCCGAGCUGUGGUGCCUUCUAAACGCCAGCGCGUUUCUGGAAACACCUCUCGAAGGGGGAAAAGUGGAUUCAAUUCGAAGAGUGGACAACGGGGAUCUUCAUCUAAGUCUGGAAAGUUGAAAGGUGAUGACCUUCAGGCCAUCAAGAAGGAGCUGACUCAGAUAAAGCAAAAAGUGGAUUCUCUGCUGGAAAGCCUGGAAAAAAUUGAAAAGGAACAAAGCAAGCAAGCAGACUUGUCCUUCUCAUCCCCAGUAGAGAUGAAGAAUGAAAAGUCUGAAGAAGAGCAGAGCAGUGCCUCUGUGAAAAAAGAUGAGACUAAUGUGAAGAUGGAGUCUGAGGCCGGUGCAGAUGACUCUGCUGAGGAGGGUGACCUGCUGGAUGAUGAUGACAAUGAAGAUCGGGGGGAUGACCAGCUGGAGUUGAUCAAGGAUGAUGAAAAAGAGGCUGAGGAAGGAGAGGAUGACAGAGACAGCGCCAAUGGAGAGGAUGACUCUUAAGCACAUAGUGGAGUUUAGAAAUCAUUAUUCAUUUACCUAGGCGCUUGUGAGAGAUCAAAGUAACAGCAGAUCCUCUCCCCUAGAACUUCAGCACAUUCUCACUGUUCACCCUCUCCUUAUCCUUCCUGUUUCAUUGAUUCAUAAUUGCCCUGCGCCUAGUUCCAUUUUCACUUCCUUUGAUGCUCCUUAGUAGUUUUGUUAAGUCUUACCUUGUAAGUUUUGCUUUUAAUUUUGAUACCUCUUUGACUUAACAAUAAAAAGAUGUAUGGUUUUUA